AUGUUGGCCAUGUCGACACUGAUGAUGCCGGCCCCGACGAUGGCACUCGGGGCGCCGCAGCUGGCCGUCGGGCCGCACCAGAAGCCGCCGGAGGCGAAGCUCCUGGCGAUCCACCCAGCACACACGCAAGCCCAAACGACUCCCCAGCAUCAGCUGCAGCAACAGCAGCAGCAACAGCAGCAGCAGCAGCAACAACAGCAGCAGCAGCAACAGCAACAACAGCACCAGCAGCAACUUCAACAACUGUCCGCUAUCAAGCAAGAGCACUAUCACAUAUUCGUCGGCGAUCUGAGCCCGGAGAUCGAAACGCAAACACUGAAGGAAGCCUUCGCCCCGUUCGGAGACAUCUCCGAUUGUCGCGUUGUUAGGGAUCCUCAAACAUUAAAAUCGAAAGGAUAUGGAUUUGUUUCGUUCGUUAAAAAAACGGAAGCGGAAAAUGCAAUUGCGGCCAUGAAUGGGCAAUGGCUUGGUUCGAGGAGUAUUCGAACCAAUUGGGCUACUAGGAAACCGCCGGCAAGCAAGAACGAAAUCAACGCCAAGCCGCUUACUUUUGAUGAAGUGUAUAAUCAGAGCAGCCCGACGAAUUGCACCGUCUACUGUGGCGGUAUCGGUGGCACACUGGCUGGUGGUUUGAACGAGGACAUACUGCAGAAGACGUUCUCCCCGUUCGGAACCAUACAAGAGAUACGCGUGUUUAAGGACAAAGGCUACGCAUUCGUAAGGUUCUCUACCAAGGAAGCGGCUACGCAUGCCAUCGUCGCAGUGCACAACUCCGAGAUCAACUCGCAAACGGUGAAAUGCUCGUGGGGCAAGGAAAGUGGCGAUCCAAACAAUGCCCCAACCCUGGCCAGCCAAGCCCUCAGCCAAACCGGGUUUCCGUUCAACACUGCUUACGGACAACAGGUUGCCGGGUAUUGGUAUCCCCCUGCACCGGCAUACCCAGCCACGCCAGCUCCGGCCGCAACUCCUCUACAAGGCCAGUUCCUGCAGGGCAUGCAAGGUUAUACCUACGGUCAGUUCGCUGGCUACCAGCAGGGCUACAUGGGUAUGGGCAUGCAAAUCCCUGGAGCCUGGCCAACGGUGCCGGCUCAGGCGCAGCUACCGACAGCCGCCCAGCAGAUCACGGCCCAAGGCGUUGGCGGGGGUCUGCCUCAGACGGCCGGUGUAGUCGCCUACCCGAUGCAGCAGUUUCAGGUGAGCCCGCCACAGUUAGCUGAAGACGAAUGGUUAGCGCCUAGUCUUCUAGUGUAGCUUCCCUGAUGGCCAUCACUGUGCGGCUGUGUUUCACAGCGUAAUUAGAGUGCAGAAGAAACGUUUAAAGUUUUAAACAAACGCACGAUAACCAGAGGCGCAGGUAGCGAGGGGGACAAUUAGGAGUAGCAUGGGAAUCGUACAAGAAACUACAUGCACAAAGCAUAUGCUUGGUUUGGUGGGUGGUACAAACUAGUUCCCGAAAAAAGUGCAAAUCAGUUGCGUGGCGCACUACCACAAUGAAUUUGAAAUCCACACGAAAUGGGCAUACAUAUUCGCGGAAGGGCAAAAGAAAACUUGAAAAAAAAAAAACAUACAAAAACACUAAAGAAAAAAACCAAAAAAAAGGAAACAAAAGAAAAAAGUAAAAAGAGAAAUGGUGUAAGGAAGGAAUCGUGAGCCGAAUUCGAACAAUGUUCGAGCUCGACUAGCAUUGUUCGAAAGAGACACUAAACCACUAAUCCAAUUAAACGUCAAUAACUGUGGCACUUGUGUUGUGUGUGUAUGUAUGUGUGUGUGUGUGAAGCUCAGCACAACGCUCCAAAAUGAACAAAAGGACCCGAGAUAGAGAACACUAAAUUUUACUUCUGGUAUUUUUCAUGAUAGAUAGUAAUCAUUAUAUGAAAACAAAUAAGGCAAAAGAUGAAAAGGCACAAAUCGAGGCACAAUACUGAUUUUAAGAGCCAACAGACAGACGUUGUAGAGAGAGAGAGGAGGGACGUGUUGUCAACAUGGACCGCGAAAACUCUUCCUUUAGCAAUAUAAGAUACAUUAAUUGUUCUGGUGGUCCACAAACGUGUGACGGGUCCGAAGACAGUAAAACUCGAUCAGCAAAUUUGGCAAAAAAAGCAUUGCAAGGAGGUACGGGACAACACAACAAAAGCAUCCGAACAUGGAGAGCGGCGUGGCCGAUGAGAAAAGAACUUUGUGAAUACAAUAAUGAUUCGUCCAACAAAACUACUAACUUAACGAGAAACACAUGAAACAUUACACGAAAUGUGUAACGCACGAACGAAUUGGUUAGUUCGCUUAGGUUCGGCCAUUCGAUAGGUUGGUUAUUUGGUUUUACUUCGUUUCUUUGCCAGAAGAAAGAGAACACUCUGUGACUAUCUCAUUAUGACACGCUGAAUAGAAAGAGCAGAAAAGUACAUGCAAGACUGAAGUUUACGGGAGAUUGAUACACAUGCGGAGAAGAAGUUUUGUGAAAACGGCGAUUUGGGCGUUCUGCGUGACUACUAGCGCCGCGCACCGCGUAAAACAAUGAACACAACACGUACACAUCCUUACACUUAAUGCAAAGUCACCUUCUUACAAAUCGUAGGCUGCUUUUCCACCUAACAACGGCACGCUUAUGGCACGUGCGCCAUGCGUGUGCUUAGGUUGUCACUUUCUUUUGUUCUGCAAUUUUCAUUGCCAAAUAUCACUGCAGUUAUCUCCUGCCAAACUGAUGAGCGUUUUUGUGGUUGGCCGCGGUUUCAGUUCGUGGUUGUAUUCCGUCAUUGCCACAAAGUUGUUUUGUGUUUGUCGAGAGCACGGGGUCUGGUGCGAUGGACGUAUGAUUAACCCAUAUGUUUUAAAGUGUCACCACUCUCAACGGUGGGUGCGCCGUCAAAUGUGCACUUACGUGCAGUAUUUCCUUUCACACCUCCGUUCUGUGUACCACUUUUCAAUCCAAGUAGUAGACGCCCGUUCCAACACUAGAAUGGGCAGUUUACAACAACCAACAACAGCAAAACAACUACACAAAUUAAAGUAUGUGGAACGGUAUUAAAAAUUCCAAAACUGCUAUGAUAUAUUUUUUAUUAUUUUACCCGUUUUUGCGAAUAUACAAUGUUUUUUAUAAACGAACGAGAAAACGAACGAACAAGGAAACAAUUUGUUUAGACCAAAUAUUUUUAAAUAAUGGAAGAAAACAACAGUGUCAAUACAAUCAAAAUUGCAUAGAACAAACGAAGAUAAAGAAGUGAAAAAAAGGAAAUAUUCAUUUGAGAAACCAUUGUGAUGAAAACUAUAACACAACAAAGUAAAAGUAAACAUAAAAAAUGAAAUCCACAGGCAGCGGCGGCAACCGGUGAAAGAGGGAGAAAGUAUGAGCAGAGUACAGAUGAAGUUUAUUAAAAAAAACCAUGGAAUGAUAAAAUGAUAUUGACGAUUUAAGCAAACAAUACAUAUAUAUACAUAUAUAUAUAUAAAUUAAAAUAUAUUAUAUAUAUGGGAGCAGCUUGGGACUCCUGGAAGUAAACAUACACUUAUACAUAUACACAAAAUAGAUAGGAGAUAUUUAAUUAACUGUGAACAAUUUACCAACAACAGCAACAAAAACAGCAACAACCAAAAGUAAGAAACGGUUUACUUGAAAAAAAAACAACAACCUUUGAGCUCUCUAGCACAAUGACGGUGAAAAGUAGAAAAUAGAUGGAUAAGCCAGCUAGCAAAUAUUUGAAUCAAAUAGAAAAGGCGGAUGGUCGGGGUGGGCCGCUACCGAAUUGCAUAGAAAACAGAUCAACCGCCGGCAGUAUGAUUCUGGCCGGGGGGAAACCCUCGCCAGACAUUAAAAUGAAAAGAAAAAACAACCUCUCACAAACUAACGCAAACCCGGGCGAUCGUUUGAAAUGUUCUAUUUUCUCGAGUAUAAAUCGUAUUGAAGUAAACACUAGCUACUCAGAACUAAAAUAAACAACAAAAAAGUUAGUGAAUAAUGUUAAAACUACGGAGGGACUAACCUUAAAGCCGGAAACAAGUAAAAAGCUAUAUAAAAUUAAUAACAAAUGAAACAAAAAAAAACAUUCAAGCAUUAAAUUGAAGUCAAACUAAUUGCCGACGAUGCAGCUGUAGAACAGAAGGCAGAAGGAACUUAAAACCAUGAAGCAAUUAUUAGCAGGCAGCGCAACAGUGCAUGGAAGAAGGGAGAAAAUAUGGUAAAAACCUAAUCAUAAAACAACAUUGGAACGAACGAAGGGAGAAGAAACGAAUCGUUUGGAAGCUUAGGAGCUCUUCUAGGAUUAACGGGCCGGAUUCUUGGCGGAUACAAGAAGGGAUACAACGCGGUACACACAACGAUCACAGGAGAGCACGGAAAAGGAGAUGCUAAGUAAAUGUUUGUACAUUGUAGACGCACAUCAUUUUAAUGUAUUUCGUUUCGAAAACCAAACCAUUUAUGCUUUACAUGUAAACGUUGUUCCGUUCUUAGGCGUUGCUUUGUCCAACAACGGAUGACUGGUGUGAUUAACGUAUGAUUUGGGGGAAAAUUUUUGCGUUGGUUUGAAUGUAUGCCGAUGGUGAAACCAAUUUCUACACUCUAGCAAUUAAAAAAAAACGUGACCAUUAGUGCAGCGUGCAGCGUGCAGAAACGCAGAAGCGAAUGCGGCAGAGCAAAACAGAAAAUAGUAAUGCAAAGCAAACAAGUCUUCUUACUAUUGGACAAGAUCCCUAAGACACAUUAGAGGAGAUUCUCAUAUCUCGUAUAUUGAAAUAAUAUAUUUACAUAUAUACACGA